AUGAUGGACAGCCGCAUCCUGGAGCACCCCCAUGCCCAGUUCGGGGGCAUGGUGGGCUUCCCUUACCCGCUGGGCCACCACCACGUCUACGAGCUGGCCGGUCACCAGCUGCAGUCGGCGGCCGCCGCCGUGCCCUUCUCCAUAGACGGAUUACUGAACGGCUCCUGCGCCGCCUCCGUGGUGAACCCGGCCCCGCUCAUCCCCUCCGCCUGCGGCGUCAGCGGCGACAACCAGCCCUUCAAGCUCGCAGACUCGGGUGACCCGGACAAAGAAAGUCCUGGCUGUAAAAGAAGACGAACCCGCACCAAUUUUACGGGCUGGCAGCUCGAAGAGCUGGAAAAGGCGUUUAAUGAGAGUCAUUAUCCGGACGUGUUUAUGCGAGAGGCUCUAGCUCUCAGGCUGGACUUGGUGGAGUCUAGAGUGCAGGUCUGGUUCCAAAACCGCCGGGCCAAAUGGAGAAAGAAAGAGAACACGAAGAAGGGCCCGGGGCGGCCGGCUCACAACUCGCACCCCACGACGUGCAGCGGGGAGCCGAUGGACCCCGAGGAGAUCGCCCGCAAGGAGCUGGAAAAGAUGGAGAAGAAGAAGCGAAAGCACGAGAAAAAACUCCUCAAAAGCCAAAGCCGCCACCUCCACUCGCCCAGCGGCCUCUCGCUGCACAGCACGCCCAGCUCCGACAGCGACAGCGGCGGCGGCGGCGGCCUCUCUCCCGCCCCGCCCGAGGCGAAGCCCCGCGGGCAGCCCCCGCCGCACCACCCGCCGCCCCCCGCCGCCGCCGCGCCCGCCGCCGCCUCCGAGCCGCCCCCCAGCAGCUGCGACCAAACGGCAGAGCCCUUCUACCCCAGCCAAAGAAGCGGGGCCGGGCGGCUCCAGCGCCCGCCCGACAAGGACUGCGCGGCCGCGCCUUCGGGGGACGGCAGCGGCGGCGCGGGGGGGCCCCGCGGCGCCUCCAGCUUCCACAAGCUCAACCCCUUCAGCGUGGAGAGCCUGCUUUCCGACUCACCCCCCCGCCGCAAGGCCGCCCUGGACUUCCCCAGCCUCCAGCCCUGCGCCCCCCGCACGCUCAUCGGCAAAGGACACUUCCUCCUCUACCCCAUCACCCAGCCCCUGGGCUUCAUCGUGCCGCAGACCGCCCUCAAGGCCAGCCCGGGCCCCGAGGCGGGCCAGCCCCCCCGGGACUCCCCGCUGCCCGCCGCCAACCCGGGCCCGGCCGGCUUCAGCGCGGAGCCGGCGCCCGCCGGCGCCCAGCCCGGCCCCGGCUCCACGGACUCGGCCGCUGGGCGCUGCAGCCCGCCGGGGCCGGCGCCGCCGCCCGCCGGCGCUUCGCCCCGCUCCGCGGCCGCGCACGGCGACCCGGCGGCGGCCGCGCCCGCGGAGGGCGGCAGCUUCCCCCGGCCCAAGUCGCCGGUCCGCGCGCGGGACGCCAGCACACCCAGGGACAAAUCGGACUGCGGCCCCGCCGAAGCCGGCAGCCUCGACGGCGACGAGGUGGACAUGGACUGA